AUGGUGCCCACCCAGCCCCUGCUCGCUCUCGGCUUCCUGCCUCCUCCGCUCGGCGCUGCAGCCGCUUCUCACCCCCACUUCCGCCUGCUCCUCCCUGAAAUACCGGAACUCGCCCACCCGCCCGGAUGUGGCGUCACCGCCGCGCCCUGCCGCGACAGACCCCGGGCGGGCGGCCCUCGGCGCGAGCGCGGGGCGGGCGGGGCCUUUCCCAGCCCAGCAAAGGGGGGCGGGGCAGCGCCGGGCGCGGGCUACCAUGGCAACCGGAAGGCGCGCGACAGGCCGCCCUCUGCCCCCCAGCAGGUCCACCGGGCCGCGCGGCGUCCGCCUUCACCGCGCACCCGACGCCGCCCCGGCUUCCACCCACCGCACACAGGCUCCCAACUCGGGUGCCGGGACAGGCCAGGGCUUGCUGGGCCCCAGCCUCAGAAGAGCCCGGCUCUGCAGCCUCCGCUCCGCUCCGGGUGGGCCCAGCUCUUCUUGGAGAAGUCUGGUCAGAGAGAAGAUGGAGACAGAAGUGAGACUUUGGCAUCUGGGUGAUGAUCAGCAGGGGGCGCUGUUUACCUCCCUUUGCCCUAGCGAAGCGGCCGGCGCCCUCAACGCAGACCAACCCAAGGCUGCUCGGAGCACCGCUGUAUUCCUGAGUCUGGUAGAUGUGAACAGAUAAUCUUCUCUUGAUCCAGGGAAACAGGUGGAUUGACUCCUGAUACCCUUUAAAGGCAUGAUGGACGGGCAGCAAAGGGCCCAGUGCUAAUGUUUUCCUGGUGACCAACAAUACAACAAUGUAUCAGCA